UUCGGCGCUUUGGAAGUUUCUUAUGUACACACUUCAUGUUUGUGCAUGGAGCUCCCAAGUACAAUAGUCCAUGUAAAUAAAACUUAUCAUUUGACGUUUUUUUUUUAAACUCUUUGGAGCGUGGUCUGAGCGGUGUGCGUUGUCUUGUAGCUAAAUACUAAAGAGCAAAGAGGGCGAUUUACUAUGGCUUGUCCGAUCUAUCCAACGGACACACCGCAGCCCACCGAGGACAUCGAAUUUCAGCAAGUACUGCGUCAAAUUGGAGGUAAAGAGAAUAUAUACUUAGUAAGUGAUGCCGUCAAAUCGGAUGAGGAGGACGAAGCCAGUGGGAUAUUAAAGGAGUUAAUUCAGGACAUGUUUCAUAGCGGGCGCACUGAAAACCUUGGCACGAACCAUACCAACAACAACACUAAUGGUCAGGUUUAUUCCUCUCCAAAUAGUCAAGGGGAUACUACAAGCGAAAAUAAUGGGACAUGCGAAACAGUAAUCAACUGCAAGACUUUGCCUCAAGCCCAGGGGAACAAAAUACCUCUGUCAACGAGGCCAAAGGAUUUAGUAUUGAGUGCCAAGUCUAUGGGGGAGGAUAAAGGACCACCGAGGCUAAAUGGGAACGUCCAAAAGACCAAAACCUCAAGCAUGAACAGUUGUAGAAGAAAGCGAAUAAUAGACUCUCCUAUUAUAAUAUUCAUAUUUAGACAGGAGUUUUUCAGUGGCAGUGCAAACGCAAUUUGCAUGAAAGAAAUUCUGAAGGAUGUUAGGUCACGUGCGAAACGUGGCCGUGUCCGCCCAGCACUACUCGGGUUAAUAUGCUCAAUAGGUGAGAGCAAUGAGACGCGUGAAUCAGUGGGAUUUCUGGAGGGCCUGCUUCGUUCAGUGUUUCGGAAACAUCCACCAGAAGCAAUCUGGGCAGGGCAUUUCAUUCCCAAGACGGAGGAUAGGAUGCUGGCCAUCAAGAAAUAUGCAUGCAAAGCCAUCUAUUCGGCCCAAUCCUCAGAUAAUUCUGAGGAAAGAGGGAACAUGUUUUUCAGGCCAUUCCAAUGUUUGCCUUGGCCUAGAAGACACAGCAGCCAGGCCAACAACACUUCAGCAAACAGGGAAAGAGGUGACACUGCUAGUGCAGAGGAAGGGAUCCCUAUGAAGACUGGUGUUUUGUCCGCUGGACCCCAGGCAGAGUCAGACAGCUGUAACCAGAAAGGACAGUCAUGAUGACACUCAUGGGUCAUGAUUUCCCACGUCAGAUUGUGGACAAUACUCAAAAGUUGGUCUCAAGGAACAUUGGUGUCUGUACAAGUCUGCCGUUAAGUCACAUGACUGACACAUUGGCCUUGCAAUGGGUUGAUGAUCAGUCAUGGAAGAGUUGCUACAUUAGCCUGUGAUUGUGAACAAUUUGAAUUUAGAGAUAACUCAAGUUACACAACUUAAUACAUUUAGUGUACAUGCGUAUCUUGUGAGGUUACUCUGUUACAUAACCAUCCAUGUAUGUUGUCACUUGAAAUAAUUGUCAUGUAAUAUCUGCUUUUGUUGUUACAAAGAGUUCACCUUGAAUUGUAAAACAACAAUGAAAAAAUGUGUGACCAACAAACACUAUGACCAUUUACUUCAUUCUGUCCGGUAAGUGUUUUGAUGUUAUUUUAUUUUGCUUGACUUUCAAUCAACAUUAAGCAACUAGUGAGUUUGAAAACAAUGUUUUUUAAAACAAUAUAGAUUUAAUAGGCGCAAUGAGAAAGAGUUAGAAACAAUUAGAAAGUCCAAAAUGUUAGACGGCAUGGUGCCUUAGAAAUUAAUUCGACACAAAAAGAAAUGUCGGGUUAAAAACAACCCGGCCCUGGAUAAAAAAAACAACCCAGCCCUGGGUAAAAAAACAAAAACCCAGCCCUGGGUAAAAAAACAACCCAGCCCUGGAUAAAAACAACAACCCAUUCCUGGAUAAAAACAACAACCCAGCCCUGGAUAAAAAAAACAACCCAGCCCUGGAUAAAAAAAACAACUCAGCCCUGGAUAAAAAAAACAACCCAACCCUGGGUAAAAAAACAAAAACCCAGCCCUGGAUAAAAACAACAACCCAGCCCUGGGUAAAAAAAAAAAAAACCCAGCCCUGGGUAAAACAAAAACCCAGCCCUGGAUAAAAAAAACAACCCAGCCCUGGGUAAAAAAACAACCCAUUCCUGGAUAAAAAAAACAACCCAGCCCUGGUUAAAAAAAAAAAAAACCCAGCCCUGGGUAAAACAACAACCCGGCCCUGGAUAAAAAAAACAACCCAGCCCUGGGUAAAAAAACAACCCGGCCCUGGGUAAAAAAACAACCCAGCCCUGGAUAAAAAAAACAACCCAGCCCUGGGUAAAAAUACAACCCAGCCCUGGAUAAAAAAAAACAACCCAGCCCUGGGUAAAAAAACAACCCGGCCCUGGGUAAAAAAACAACCCAGCCCUGGAUAAAAAAAACAACCCAGCCCUGGAUAAAAAAAACAACCCAGCCCUGGGUAAAACAACAACCCAGCCCUGGGUAAAAAAACAACCCAUUCCUGGAUAAAAAACAAGAAACAACUCAGCUACAAAAGUGUCAGUGCUCAACCUUAACAUGUGUUGACAAUACAACAGAACAGAUUAAUAGGAAUGACAUUUACUCUCACAAGUGGCCAAAAAUAACUAUCUGAAAGCCAGUUCCCCGCAAAGCCACAUCUCCAGUCUUCUGAUCUGACCCGGUGGAUCAUAGCUCAAUGACCCAAAAUCAACAACCCAAUUUAAAUAAAAAAAUGGCUUGUUUUUAACCCAGCAUUUGUUUUUGUGUAAUGACAAUAGCAGUUGCACUAAUCCAACCAUAAUCCAAUGGGUUAUGGGUUUACUUUAACUUGUAUUUAGAUUUUAAACUAAAGAAUUGUAUAAUUGCACUGUAUAUAGUUUGUAUAUGUAUUGCUACAUUAUAUUUCUUGUACGCCUCAUUGACUGUUUUAAUGCAAUUCAUUAAUAGUUAUGAAGCCGCUGCUUGUUAUGGAACCAAUGGAGUAAAACUAAUGCAGUUAAUUAAUUACAAUAAACUUAUUUUCAAAGAGUAA